GGUGGGAGCCAGAGAGGGUCCGGGUACGUGCGAGAUGCAGCCAUAGUCACGCUACACUGUCUCCAAAAUUACAACCUGCUGGGAUCGUCAGUGUUGCAGCGCAUCAGAGCCGACUGAAAGGUGAGCGCGAGAGCCUGUGGACGUGAGACAUCAUGGCAUCAGAGCAUCAGAGGCAGCGCUCUCUGUCCACCGCCGGUGAGUCUCUCUACACUGUGUUGGGAGUUGAAAAGGUGGCCACAUCGGAUGAUAUCAAGAGAUCUUACAGGAAACUGGCGCUGAAGUUCCACCCCGACAAGAAUCCUGACAAUCCGGAGGCGGCCGAUAAGUUCAAGGAGAUAAACAACGCUCAUGCGAUUCUGAAUGACCCCACGAAGCGUAAUAUCUACGACAAAUAUGGUUCUCUGGGACUGUAUGUGGCUGAGCAGUUUGGAGAGGAGAAUGUUAACACUUACUUUGUCCUUUCAAGCUGGUGGGCAAAGGCUCUGUUUGUAUUCUGCGGCCUGGCCACUGGCUGCUACUUCUGUUGCUGCCUAUGUUGCUGCUGUAACUGCUGCUGUGGUAAAUGUAAACCACGGCCACGGGAGGGUCAGGAGCAGGAGUUUUACGUGUCCCCCGAGGACCUGGAGGCUCAGCUGCAGUCUGAUGAGAGAGAGGCUGGGGGUGACCCUAUAAUGCUGCAACCAUCGGCAACAGAGACAACCCAGUUGACAUCGGAUGGGCACCAUUCCUACCACACUGACACCGGCUUCAACUAACCUCCUCCGCUCCCGUCAAUCCUGGCCUGCGGUCCUGCCUGCUUCCCUGCUCCACCUCCAGUGAGAUGAAAGAAAGGGGCAAUCCAUCUUUCCACUUCAGAAAGAGAGCCAUGCGGAGGAGAGGGACUAGUAAGCAUGGCCCAUGAAAGGAACUAAUGAAGUCACACAUCCCUUACACCCCUCCCUGAUUGGUCCGCAACUUAUCCCCCAUCCCAAUACGAGAAGAAAAGAGAAACUUAAGUUUCCUUUUUAUUUCUUCUUUUGUAUUUCUUGGCCUUUAACCGCACAGGUCGCCUACCCCACUUUCCCUCUCCCACAUUUUGCAUCAUGGUGUAGCAUGCACUGUUUAUAAAACAUGGUCUCCAGAUUCAUCUUUUGCAGCAUUUUUACUUUGCAAGACUCAUAAUGUAGGUGCAUACGUAUGUGCAAUAUGUUUAAAUGAGAACAGUUCACAUGGCG